AUGUUGUGGGUGAAACGACUCCUCGGUGAUCUCGGAGAGGAGCAGCAAGAUCCGGUAUUGUACGAGGACAACCAAAGCGCGUUGAAGAUGUUGGACGUCGGUAAGUUCAGCAACAGAACGAAGCACAUCGCUACCAAAUACCAUUUCGUGCGGGACAUCAAGACAUCUGGUGAGAUCUGUUUCGUUUAUUGCCCGACGAAGGACAUGGUUGCUGAUUUGCUGACGAAACCCAUCGGAGGAACCAGAUUGAUAACGCUGACCUUUUUUGCAAUCAUUUUCUACGUACAGGAAGGGCACAUCCUAGCCGUGGGAACGUCUACGGGCACGGUGGAACUGUGGGACUGCGAGCAGAUGAAGCGCCUCCGAAUAAUGGACGGCCAUUCCGGUCGGGUGGGAGUCCUGGCUUGGAAUUCCUAUGUGGUAUGCUCGGGAAGCAGGGACGGAACGAUCGUGAACCACGAUGUCCGGUCGCGGGAUCACAACGUGGCCACACUGCGGGGUCACAGUCAGGAGGUUUGUGGCCUGAAGUGGUCCUCGGAUGGUAAGCACCUGGCUAGCGGAGGAAACGAUAAUUUGGUGAACGUGUGGAGUACAGCGAACGGAGCUCCCCACACGACGACGGAUCCACUGUAUGCCUUCAACCAGCACCAGGCCGCUGUUCGAGCGCUGGCAUGGUGUCCCUGGCAGCCGAACACAUUGGCCACUGGCGGCGGUACAGCGGACAGGUGUAUCAAGUUCUGGAACGUCAGCAACGGUCAGCUCCUGAACUCGGUCGAUACCAAAUCGCAGGUGUGUGGACUACUGUUCUCACAGAACUACAAGGAACUGAUUUCGGCCCAUGGCUACGUGAACAACCAGCUGACGAUAUGGAAGUAUCCCUCGAUGAACAAGCAGAUUGACCUGAUGGGUCACACCGGACGAGUGCUGCAGAUUGCAAUGUCCCCCGACGGUAGCACCGUGAUGAGCGCCGGAGCCGACGAAACGCUACGACUGUGGAAAUGCUUCCAGCCGGAUCCGCUGCUCAGCAAGAAGGAGAAAACCGUAACCCGGGAGAAACCGAGUCUGCUGAAGCAGAGCAUUCGGUGAUUGAUUUUUAAGUGAUUUUGCACUUUUUUGUCUUUUAGUUCUUUUGUGUAGGUUGUUCUUGUAGCUUGUAUAACAUUUUUUUAUUUUAUUUUUUGUAGCACAUUUUGAUAUUUCGCCAUAAUUGUUGCAUCGUGAAUAUGACUAGAUUGUUUCUUUUCGAAAUACAUUGAUAGCUUCAAAGACUGCUAAUAAAAUAGAAAAUACCAAUUAAAUGACUGGGAAGAUAUUUUUUU